AAUAUUUAUUUUUUAUCAAUAAAAAAAUACGCAAAAAAGGCUUUGUACAUACCCCAAGUUUCAAACUGUAAACCCCCCGAGACAAAAAAUAUCGAUAAUUGGCCCACUGGUCUCCCCGCGGAAGUCGAAAUCUUUGGAAGGUUUAAGUCUUGUUUUCUAUUUUUUUUUUUCUGCUCUCCUUUUUGUUUCUUUAGUUCAUUCUUACUUUUUAUUUUUUAUAUUAUUGGUUUAUACUAACUAAUGGUAGGUUGUUGUGGUAGAUUACGCCUUCGAUAUAUUAAACAUGCUAGACUUGUCAACAACUGUUACCCAAAAAAAGAAGGUCAACUAGGUCCACUCUCAGCAGAACUCAGUUAUCUCACCUUCUAUGCAAGUUCACGUCCUGCAAAACUCACCAAAGUUGGAUCCUAUUUACAGAAAAAAGUCAAUAAUGAUAUACGAAAAGGAAGAAAAGAAAACAACAAAGUCUCCCUUCGAAUUCUCAAAGCUCUCAUUCAGACAUGUCACCGUGAUAUCAACUUAUUUUGUCGGUCUGUUGUAGUUAUCCUUAUUCAACUAUUAGAUACAAGAGAUAUGGUGUUGAUUGAUUUGGCUUGUGAUACGUUUUAUGUAUUUUGCAGUUAUUACGAUAGUGCCAGUCUUGGUGUGGAUCCUGAAUUUACUCGUGAUUAUGAAAAACUAGUGAGUCGGUUUGCCUCAUUUGCGAUCUAUCCAAAUGAUGAUGCUUCUUUGGCCUUGCAAAUGAAAUAUUGUGGUCAUAGAGCCAUUGCUGCCAUUGUCAAUUCUUCGGCUAUUCAUUCAAGUGAUACUGUUGUUCUCUUUGGCAUCAUUAUACCUCCUCUAUUAGCCACUCUUGAUACUUCGUCCUCAUUCGCUUUGGAACUAUCCAAAAGUGUCCCCUCCAUCGAUGUCCGUUGUUCUGUUUUUGAAGUGGAGAAUUUAUCUAUGGAAUGGAUUCAACAUUUGGCAGCUCAAACUUUGUCACUUUUAUUUAGUUUAUCUAAUGGUAUCGGCGUACGUACAUCUCUCACUCCUUGUAAAGAUUAUUAUACUUCUCAACAAAGAUGGUGGCCAACCAAGUUUUGUGAAUCAGUAUCAGAAUUGAUCUUACAUUCAAUACAGCCUCAAUACCGAUAUCUGAUGUUAACAAACGUAUUAUAUUAUCUUCAUCGGCCUGUGGAUAUGACUGAUCUUAGUCAAGUGGAUCGCUUUGUUGGAAAUGUGGCCAUACUACGAACCAUUUUGACUUCCAAAUUACAACUGAUGGGAGUUCCUGUUUUGGAAUUAUUGACUUCUCUUUAUACACUGAUGAUGAAAUCUCUCACAAGGACUGGCACCUUUUAUGAUAAGAAACCCGAUUCUCAACAUCCUGAACAACUCAAACAUUAUAGUGUGCAGCAUGAUCUUUUUGAAAGUAUUGUCGGUCUCGCCUCUCAAUCAUAUUAUGCGAAUCAAUGGAAUGAUAUUAUUGGUUAUAUCAUUGACAAACUUCGAACCAAACCUUCCUCUUCUCAAAUUGAUAAUACUGAUACUGUUGUUGAUAGUGAACAAGAAAAAACGAUCAUCCGUGAUGUCCCUACGCAUCUCUAUCAACAAUGUAGUGUGCGAUUUCUUUACAUCUUUCAAGCAAAUGCAAUCAAGGCGUUGGAAAAUGAAACAAUGGAUCCUGAUGUGACUUUUACAAUGGAAACAUGGUUACCUGGACUGGAAAUAUUAUAUGACGACUAUCAAGAUAUUCGAUUGAAGUUUGCUGACACAUUGAUUCACUUUCUCAGUUCAACUCCUGGAAAAAAUUCAGAUUGUUUGUAAGUUAGAACAAUGAAAAUGUGCAUGUAUAUGCGAGAAUGGAAUGAUCCAAAGUAAUCAAUGCCUCCUUUUCUUAUUCACAGGUCAUCCUUGUAUAAUUCCUUUGGUAAUUCAUC